GGUCACGACCCACUGCGCCGCGCAGUACGCGCAGUACGCGCAGCACAGCGUCGGAGAUACCAUCUCCUACACUGUGUGUGUGUUCCUUGGAUUCGGAACCACCGUGGACAGGAAGAAGGCGGCCGGCAUAUUCGAGCAACUCGCCAACGAAGGCCACAGCGACAGCCAGUUGUGGAUCGGAAGGUGCUACUGCUUUGGCGGGGGAGUAUCGAGUGACAACAAGAAGGCAUUAGAGUGGUUCAGCAGGUCGGCCGACCAAGGCAACUCAUAUGGGCAGUGGAGGAUUGGUUAUUGUUACGACAGUGGAAUUGGAGUCACCCAGGACCACACCAAGGCAGCCGAGUGGUAUCGCAAGUCGGCCGAACAGGGCAAUCGAUACGGACAAGAUUGGCUCGGCGACUGCUACCAAAAUGGCGAAGGUGUCCCCAAGAACAUCGACACUGCCGUUUUCUGGUACCGCAAGUCCGCCGAUCAGGGUCUCGAAUAUGCCAUCAACGACCUCAAGCAACUCGGCAAGUGGCCCUGAUUCCCGAGUCACUCCGAGUUCCACUCCCAAACAACCAAGCCGCAACACUAAACAUGCAAGCAACUAAGCAACCGCACCGCCAACACCCGCCCAAAACGCCAUGGUACCAAAGAGUGGACUUGCAGAGUGGUUCCGAUGAAGCGGCAAUGGCCGAGUGAUGUUGUAUU